GCGGCAUCCUUGCUUGAUUUGCCUCCGCCACUGGCCGUGAGGUUGCAUUCCCGACUUAUAUUUAGAACGUACCGCGACGGUCAAUUUUCCAUUCAUUGUUCGUCCUGCUCGAUAUCUAAAUGGAUGGAGCGAGCGAAUGAGGAGACGAGCCUGGUGCCUCGCCCGCAGCCGCUGCCAUCCCCUCCACUCCAUCCCUCAACAACAUCCUCCAGGGUCUCAGACACUGAUGCGCUCGUCACGACCUCCCUUGCCAACGGUGUCAGCGUCAGCAAUGGCACUGUCUUCCCGCAAGUGCGCAAUGGUACCAAAGAUCGCCCGGUCUCCGGCAUAGUUCCGCCGUACUGGAGUCACCACCGGAAUGCAUCCCGCACCUCUCAGAUCUCGCUCGAACAGCCCGCCAUCACUCUCGAAGACCACACAGAGGACCCAGAUUCGGAGACGAGCCGUGGACUAUGGGCCAGAAGUGUAUCUGUAGAUGACCAUGUUGUCGUCCAGGGGAAGUCCGGUAUAGGCGCAUACGUGGUGUGGAGCUGUACCAUACAAACCCUCGAGGGUGGUCCCAUAAACGUUCGAAUGAGGUACUCUGAAUUCGAUGACUUACGACAAAAGCUGGUGUCCUCAUUCCCGCACGCGAAGAACGCCCUACCAGCUCUACCACCGAAGAGUGUUCUCUUCAAAUUCCGCCCAGCAUUCCUAGAAUCUCGACGGGUCGGGCUGGAAUACUUCUUGAACUGUGUCCUUCUUAAUCCUGAAUUUUCUAGUUCGCCAGUCGUGAAAGACUUUCUAUUUGGCCGCAUAUGCUAAUUGCACGUCGACUGUACUACUUUUAUACACUAACAGAAUCAUGAUGUUACGCCUAUCUAUAUAUUACCUGGAGUGAAUGGGGCUCUAGGGAAACAAUAAUACCUGUACCUGAGCAUGGCUAGAUGUCAUGCUCCAC